CAUGAUUGUUUCGGGCACAGGAAAAUAAUUGUUCAUCCUAACAAGUCUGAGUGGUGCCAGGUGUUAUCAGCUGUGUCUCCAUUCCCCCCACAGCACCAUAUGCUCCUCCUACCUUUAUGUAUCCAUUUCCCUAUCCCCCAACUGGGUGUACCAAUAUGGCCGCCUGGCGGAGUCUCCUGGCCCCGGAUCUCGUCAGGUGAUGCGAGCUGCUUCAAAUGAUGGCGGCUGCUGUAGAGGGUGCAGAUUUGGAGACGUCGUUACUGAGCUUUGAGAAACUGGAUCGAGCGUCCCCAAUUCUGUGGCCAGAGCAACUUCCAGGAGUUGCAGAGUUUGCGGCCUCUUUUAAGAGUCCGAUUCCCAGCUCCCCUCCCAAGUGGAUGGCAGAACUGGAACACGAUGACAUGGACAUGCUGAAAGAACUGGGCAGUCUCACCAUUGCAAAUCUCAUGGAGAAGGUGCGUGGAUUACAGAACCUGGCGUAUCGGCUGGGACUGGAUGAAUCCCGAGAGAUGACUCGCGGCAAGUUCCUAAAUAUCCUGGAGAAAGCCAAGAAAUAGCCACCGCCAGCCGGCAGGACGCUCAGCCGUCGGGGAUACCCAUAAUGCACCGCAGCAAACUUAAAAGAUUGAUUUUGAAAUUGUUGUUUUUGUAAAAAUUUUUAUUUUAUCCCCCAAGUGAAUUUAACUUAAGUCGCAGUUACUGACACAAAACCUCUGCCCCGUAUGUCUCUGUCUCACCUGUGUGUGGCGCUUUGUACUGUGUCCCUCCUCAUAGAACCCUGGAAUUUGUUUUCCGAAGUGUUUCUAAGUCUAUGUAGCAGCAACAUAGUGAUGAGUUCCCGAUGUCGGACCUUUUUAUUCUCUGCUCCUUAACUGUAAUAAUCUCCCACCUAUACAUUGUAAUAAAACGAGCAAAGGUUUUAUAUUU